AUGCAGAAGAAACUGAAAGUGAAUGAGCUGAAAGAGGAGUUGCAGAAGCGUGGGCUGGACACCCUAGGCCUCAAAGUGGAUCUGGUGGAGCGGCUGCAGGCGGCUCUAGAGGCUGAAAAGGAACCCACCUGCAAUGAUGAGACAGAAGCAGGUGUUGCAGAGGCUGGGAAUGAUGAGUGUUCUGACCGAAGGCAGAUGGCUGCUGAGAAAGAGGGCUCUUAUUUAUUUCCCAGGGUUUCUGAAGUCUCUAAAGAUGAAAAUAAACCAGAGACUGUGGAUGUACAACAGGCAACCAUUGAGACAAUCUGCAAAGAAAGACAUGAAGUGGCACCAGUAAAGGUGAAAAAUGAGGAUGAUAUAAUUACGGAGCAACAAGAACAGCAGCGACCGACCCCUGGCAGUGAAUGGGAAGAUCUGGAGAGCCAGCAGAAUGCAGAGAUCAAGACUGAACAGGACAGACAUGCACAUUAUGGCAACCAAAGGCGCUAUGAUGACAGCCACGGUUUCAGCUAUUAUGAACACCGUGAAGACAGGAGGUGAAUUUACCACAGUGAUUUUGAAGACUUUGAUGGCACACUAGUGGUCAUUGGCACUUAUAACUGUGACUUGCACUUCAAAGUCUCUCAGGACCGUUGCAGCGGCUGUCCUUUAACCAUUGAGGGGUUUGCUUACCUAUGGUCUGGAGCACGAGCAAUGUAUGGUGUAAACAAGGGAUGCGUGUGCUAUGAGCUGAAGGUUAUGGAGUAUGUACCAGUCAAGCAUCUUCCCUGCAGUGAGCCUGACCCUCAUGUCGUGAGAGUCGGGUGGUCUCUGGAUUCCUGUCUAGGUAGGCAGCAUACUACGUUUUGGAUUCGAGAGAAUAAUGAAAGAAAACCAAAAUAACAAACAUGUAACUACCUAAAUAAAGUAGUUGACAUAAAUAUGUAGUCUCCUAUGUGUCUUUUGCAGGACUUUGACAGUCAUGAGCAGGUGGAAAUGAGCAGGAGGGUUUUCUCAAAGAACGGGAAGUGGCUUGAUGUGGCAUUUCAUGUAUCUAAAGAAGAACUGGCUGGUCGUGCGCUGUAUCAUCACGUCCUUGUGAAGAACUGCUCUGUUGAGUUUAACUUUGGCCAGCGAGCAGAAUCUUUAUUUCCUUUGCAAGAUGGCUACACUUUGAUUGGGGCCGUCAACAUAGAGAACAAGGUCAGAGGAACUGUUGGUCCCACCAAUAAAUCUGAUUGUGAGAUACUGAUGAUGGUUGGUCUUCCUGCUUGUGGUAAAACCACAUGGGCAACUAAGCAUGCAGAGAUGAACCCACAGAAGAAAUAUAACAUCCUGGGCACAAACGCCAUCAUGGCGAAGAAUGAAUGUAGGAUUUAUGGUUCAAAAUUGAAAAGAAAUCAUGCUGGGCGCUGGGACAUCCUGAUUCAGCAGGCCAAUCAGUGCCUGAACCAAAUGAUCCAGAGAAGAUGGAACUACAUCUUGGAUCAGGUAAGUGAUAUAUGUCAGUCUAUAGACCUGAAGCACCACAAAGAGACGCUUAAACCGGUUAUUGUACAUGAGCUAGACAACAUUCAGGGUUCCCAUGGACACGGAAAAAUCUGA